AUGGCCAAGGUGGCAUGGAAAUUAUUCCCAGAAGGUUUAAUAAUUGGAACAAUACCAUUGUCUAUUUCAUGUACACUGAAAUCACGUGGGAAAAGUCGAUUGUAUAGGCCGCCAACAUGUCAAAAUUCACUGUCUAGUUCUAUGAAUAAAGAGUCAUGUAUUCAUCAUAAUUCAUCAGAUAUAUCUUUACCAAUACUUCAACGAAGUACCACACCACUAAUCUAUUGUGCUAUAGGGACAAGAGAUAAUGUUGAAGGUGAUGAGGAAUUUCUACCUGAAGAUCUUGUUCGGUUAACUUUACAAUUAGAAAAAGGUGUUGAUGAUGGUAGGUGAAAGAAGAGAAGAUUGUGCUGAAGUGUGCAUAGUUGCUUUUUUCCUAAUUAUUCUUCUAUUAACUUCAUUAUGAAGAAAACUUCUUCCAACGUGAAUUGAAGAUUGAUCUUGAUUUUUAAUGGUAUUAAUAAUAGCUUUAUUCUAAACGACAUCUUUAUAUAAAGUAUAAAAUUUUCAGAUUAUUUUGGUCUACUCCUCGUACAGAAUUUUCAAGUAAAAGAGUAAUCUACAGUAUAUUAAUAAAUAGAAUCCUGUUCUAUCUGAAACAUGUUGUGAUCCUUGUUGUAUUUGGGCCUUCACAACAGAGUUAGACCUGUCGAUUUGUUGAAAGUCAUUCAAAAAUUCACAUGAUUACAGGUUCUCCUUAAAGGCGGUAAGAAGACGGUUAAAACAAAAG